UUUGGAAUAGAAGUCAUAUACAUUCUUUUAUAUGUGUACAAAAUUUAAAUAUAUACACAGAAAAUAUCUAAUAUAAAGAUAAUUUUUUCAUGUGUGGUUUAUUGAGCAUGGGGAGAGCUGGUCGCGCUCCCUGAAAAGCUGUUGUUUACAAUCCGGCGACCGUUGGAACAAUUUGCUUUCUCGUCGAUUGGAAAUUGGAAUUUUUUGUAGAGCCGAUCAGUUGGGAUUCAGCCGCUGGCCACGAUCGCAGUUCUCUUCGUCACCUUUUCUCUGCUGCUGCUGGGCAUUCCAAAAAGAAUUUGUAUUACUGUCGGUUUUGGAAGCGUUCCACUGUAAACUCCCACCUUUCUUCCGUGUUGUCAGCAUGGAGCGCUCAAGCAUUGCCGCCCUAGUAAGCCCAUACCGUCGUCGUCCUUGGAUGACCGAGAACGGAGCUGCGGCACCGGCUGGCGGACAAAACGGUCUCAAGGGCAUUGUGGCCGGCGGUAUAACCGGAGGCAUCGAGAUCUGCAUAACAUAUCCUACCGAGUACGUCAAAACACAUCUACAGCUGGACGAGAAGGGAGCGAAUAAGAAGUACAAUGGCAUCUUUGACUGCGUGAAGAAGACGGUCCAGCAGCGCGGAUUCUUUGGACUCUACCGCGGUCUCAGUGUGCUCCUCUACGGCAGCAUACCCAAGUCGGCGGCGAGGUUUGGUGCCUUUGAGUUCCUGAAAACGCACUCUGUGGACUCCAGGGGACAACUUAGCAACUCUGGAAAACUGCUCUGCGGUUUGGGUGCCGGUGUUUGCGAGGCCAUUGUGGCAGUCACCCCAAUGGAGACCAUCAAGGUGAAAUUCAUCAACGAUCAGCGUAGCGCGAAUCCCAAAUUCAAGGGAUUUGCCCACGGAGUGGGACAGAUUAUCAAGUCGGAGGGCAUCACUGGCAUCUACAAAGGCCUGACACCCACCAUUCUCAAGCAGGGCUCCAACCAGGCCAUCCGCUUCUUCGUGCUGGAGUCACUGAAGGAUCUGUACAAGGGUGACGAUCCGAACAAGCCGGUGCCCAAGCUGGUGGUGGGUGUUUUCGGUGCCAUUGCCGGAGCUGCCUCUGUGUUUGGCAACACGCCUCUGGAUGUGGUCAAGACCAGGAUGCAGGGACUUGAGGCCUCCAAAUACAAGAACACAGCCCACUGUGCGGUGAUGAUCCUUAAGAACGAAGGUCCGGCCGCCUUCUACAAGGGCACAGUGCCACGUCUGGGACGCGUGUGUCUGGAUGUGGCCAUUACAUUCAUGAUCUACGACUCGUUCAUGGACCUCUUCAGCAAGGUGUGGCACUAACCCUGCGAUUCUGCAUGAUCCCUAAGUGUGCAUUUCUAUCUGAUCCCAUUGACCUAGUCGGCUGUUGCAAUAGUUUCUAGUAAUCGAACAUAUUCCAAGAAAGCAUUUUUAAAACCCCAAUACCCAAUGUGCGAAUGUGGCUAUGGAAAAUCUAUAUUAUACAGCUUGUUUUAAAUAAUGAAUAAAAUCUGAGACGACUGUUUGGAA